AUGUCAGACUCAGUGCUUGCGGAUGAUGCACUACAGGAACGCGUUGAAUCCAUGUUGCGCGCUUGCGACGCGCCGCUCCGCACAGAAUUCAAUUUGCACGCUGCGCUUUCUGGACAGGGCCUGGGGGAGGACGUGGACCGUGUGUACAUUGCGGAAUCGGAUGGAGGAGCACAGUUUGCCGCGCAGAAUUCUACGUUUGCAUUCCAUAUAUACCGCCCCUGCCCUGUGGACAAUAUUGACGAGUUCGACGUCGGUGACGCGGACUCGGAAGGAAGUGCUACGGUAGCAGCUACCCUGUCCGAGCUGCCAAAUCGCGGACUGGAUGGCGUAUGGGAAAAUUUGGUAUACAGCGACGAUGUCAAAGCGCGGCUCUUGCAUUACAUUUAUACCACCAUGAAGUUUGCAACGCUGGGGAUCGACCAAAACGUGAUUACUUGCAAUCGUGUGGUGCUCUUACACGGACCGCCAGGCACAGGAAAGACGAGCUUAUGUCGCGCACUUGCGCAGAAGCUUGCAAUACGUUUUGCAGGCCAGUACACGCAUGGAAAAUUAAUUGAGAUUAACUCGCACUCUCUUUUUUCCAAAUGGUUUUCCGAAUCGGGCAAGCUUGUGCACCGUCUUUUUGAGCUGAUUGGUGAGCUGGUCAAUGAUAGGUCUGGUUUUGUCGUUGUACUGAUCGACGAAAUCGAAAGCCUGUCCAAGGCACGCGGCUCUGUUGCUGCGGGAGUCGAGCCAAGUGACUCGAUCCGCGUUGUGAACGCGUUGCUGACCGAGCUGGAUAAGCUUAAAGGGCACACGAAUUUGCUGGUCAUGACUACCUCCAAUCUGUCCGAGUCGAUUGACUCUGCAUUUCUGGACCGUGUAGAUAUUCGCCAAUACAUUGGCUUGCCGGGCACGGAAGCGGUGUAUCGUAUUUUGCGCUCCUGCCUCGAGGAGCUUAUGCACGUUGGGCUCGUAUUGCCACGCUCGGUACCCAGCUGGGCAUCUUUGCACGAGACGUUUUCAGAAGUGGGCGCGGCGCUCAAAGAGCUGGCAGAGGCGUGCACUGGCAUCUCUGGCCGUGCACUGCGCCGUUUGCCUGUGCUUGCACAUGCGCGCUAUCUUUAUGCAAGCGCACAGUCCUCGCCAGCACAGUGGAUUGACGCCAUGUGGAAGGUGCAUGCUGAUAUGCGGCGCGAUGCGGAACGUGAGUCUGCGAUGUAG